UAAAAACCCUGAAUAAGAGGAAGAAGAGUACGUUGGUCCGGCAGUCGGCCUGAUUCAGAGAAAUAAAACGUUAUUCUAAGUUUGUUUUACUUCAGGCUAAACAUGGAUUUGAAUGAUGCAAAUUUACAAACUCUCACUGAAUAUCUGAGAAAGACUUUGGAUCCUGAUCCUGCUGUUAGACGUCCAGCUGAAAAAUUUCUUGAGUCUGUGGAAUGCAGUCAGAAUUACCCAAUCUUGCUCCUGACACUGCUUGAGAAGUCCCAGGACAAUGUUAUAAGAGUCUGUGCUGCUGUUACUUUCAAAAACUACAUUAAACGAAAUUGGAGAAUAGUUGAAGAUGAACCAAACAAGAUCUGUGAUCCAGAUCGAACAGCUAUUAAAGCCAACAUUGUACAUUUGAUGCUUAGUAGCCAAGAGCAGAUUCAGAAACAACUGAGUGAUGCCAUUAGUAUAAUUGGGCGGGAAGAUUUUCCUCAGAAGUGGCCAGAUCUUCUGACUGAAAUGGUAACGCGAUUUCAGAGUGGUGACUUUCACAUCAUCAAUGGAGUCUUACGGACAGCACAUUCACUCUUUAAAAGGUACCGCCAUGAGUUUAAAUCAAAUGAGCUUUGGGCAGAAAUAAAAUUAGUCCUAGAUACUUUUGCCGGGCCUUUGACAGAGUUAUUUAAGGCUACAAUUGAACUUUGUCAGACCCAUGCCAAUGAUGUUAAUGCUUUAAAGGUUCUUUUCUCUUCAUUGACACUUAUUUCUAAACUCUUCUACAGUCUUAAUUUUCAGGAUCUUCCAGAGUUUUUUGAGGAUAACAUGGAAACCUGGAUGACAAAUUUUCAUAAUUUGCUGACUUUGGAUAACAAACUUUUACAGACAGAUGAUGAGGAGGAGGCUGGACUCCUGGAAUUGCUAAAAUCUCAAAUCUGUGAUAAUGCUGCCCUUUAUGCACAGAAAUAUGAUGAGGAAUUUCAGCCAUUUUUGCCUCAGUUUGUUACUGCCAUUUGGAACUUAUUGGUCACUACAGGUCAGGAAGUGAAAUAUGAUUUGCUUGUAAGCAAUGCUAUUCAGUUUCUGGCCUCUGUAUGUGAAAGGCCGCACUACAAACAACUAUUUGAAGAUCAGAAUACACUAACUAGUAUCUGUGAGAAAGUGAUUGUCCCAAACAUGGAGUUCAGAACUGCGGAUGAAGAAGCAUUUGAAGAUAACUCUGAAGAAUAUAUUAGAAGAGAUCUGGAAGGGUCAGACAUUGAUACACGUCGACGGGCAGCUUGUGACCUAGUCAGAGGGCUUUGCAAAUUCUUUGAGGAGCCAGUGACUGGCAUAUUCUCUGGCUAUGUAAAUUCAAUGCUGACAGAGUACUCCAAGAAUCCUUCUAUAAACUGGAAACACAAAGAUGCAGCCAUUUACUUGGUUACUUCCUUGGCAUCUAAAGCGCAGACACAAAAGCAUGGUAUAACUCAAGCCAAUGAACUAGUGAACAUUACAGAGUUCUUCGUAAAUCACAUACUUCCAGAUCUCAAAUCUUCAAAUGUAAAUGAAUUUCCAGUUUUAAAAGCGGAUGCCAUCAAAUAUGUCAUGAUAUUCAGGAGUCAGCUUCCAAAGGAACAAAUACUUGGUACUAUCCCACUUUUGAUCAACUAUCUCCAGGCAGAAAGCAUUGUCGUUCAUACAUAUGCUGCUCAUGCACUGGAAAGACUUUUCACAAUGCGGGGCCCAAGCAACACAACUCUAAUUGCUGCUGCAGAGGUAGCACCUUGUACUGAACAAUUGUUAACCAAUCUUUUCAAAUCGUUGACAUUACCUGGCUCAUCUGAAAAUGAAUACAUAAUGAAAGCAAUUAUGAGGAGCUUUUCUCUUCUCCAGGAAGUCAUUGUUCCAUAUGUUCCAACUCUCAUUGUUCAGUUAACUCAAAAACUGCUCCUCGUUAGCAAGAAUCCAAGUAAGCCCCACUUCAACCAUUACCUGUUUGAGUCUCUCUGUUUAUCUGUAAGAAUAACCUGCAAAGCCAACAUUACAGCAGUAAGCAGUUUUGAGGAGGCACUCUUUCCUGUCUUUACUGAGAUUCUACAGAAUGAUGUCCAAGAAUUUGUCCCGUACGUGUUUCAAGUGAUGUCCCUCUUGCUAGAGAUGCACACUUCUUCAGAAGUUCCAGCAUCAUACAUGGUCCUGUUCCCUCAUCUUUUACAGCCUGUUUUGUGGGAGCGAGCUGGCAACAUCCCACCACUGGUGCGACUACUACAGGCUUACUUACACAAAGGAGGUGUGACUAUUGCCAACGUGGCAGCUGAUAAAAUUCCUGGUCUGCUGGGUGUUUUCCAGAAGCUCAUUGCUUCAAAAUCAAAUGAUCACCAAGGCUUCUAUCUUCUUAACAGCAUCAUCGAGUAUAUGCCUCCAGAGUCGAUUAAUCCGUAUCGAAAGCAGAUCUUCAUUCUACUAUUCCAAAGGCUUCAAAACUCUAAAACAACAAAAUUCAUCAAAAGUUUCCUGGUUUUUGUAAACCUGUAUACCAUUAAAAAUGGAGCCAUCGCCCUUCAGGAAAUUCUUGACACUAUUCAACCAAAGUAA